AGACAUCAAACACUUGGUGUAGUUGUUGUUGUUUCUCAAAUAGUUUUGCGGUGUGUUGUGGAAGAUUUUGUAAUCAUUCUGUAUUUCAAAUAAAAGUUUAUUAAUUUGUUUAUUAAAACUUUUAUAAAGACACUCCACAAUGCAUUUAGCCAGACGUUUGCCGGCAAUCAGCAGAAAUUGCAAUGUGCGUCUGAUAAAAACCACAUCUGCCGUGACACAAUCAGCAGCCGAAGAACAAAUUGUCAUACCAAAACGUAUCCAACGCUCACCCACAGCGAUUUUGGAAGCCCUGUCCGCCACCGUGGGUAGAGAUCCCACAGCACCUCACUAUAAAUUCCAUGAUGAUCCGUACUUGAUACCCACAUCGAAUGUAAGCAAGCGGACCUUUGCAAUGGCCCAAGAGGCCGGUCGCAAGGCCGCCAAAUGGAUCAAGGAGGAACAUCGUAAUCUAUUUAUGCACCAAGAAGCCCAACCACCCAUUGAGGCAUUUGCCCCCAAAAUGGUAUUCAAUGAAGAAUCGGAGGUGACACUAGAGACUCUGGAGCAGCUGAUUAAGCAGUCCCUUAUUCAGGAUGCUGUUUUCGUUUAUAAUCUUAUGAAAACCAAAGGUGUGGAGAUUACGGCGGAAGCCAAACAGAGUAUGUUGGAAUUGCUGAGUUUCUAUAAUCAUGAAGAACCAAUGCCAGAGGAAUUCUAUGAAGAACGUUGGUUCAAAGAGAAUACCCAGGGGCAGCAGCGUCAAACAAAAACCUGGAAAGAUGGUGAUUUAGCUGAACAAGUUUUCAAUGAAAUUGAACCGAAAACCCCACAGGCUUAUGCUGCCAUCAUCCGGGGUAUGGCGAAAUAUUAUCAGGCCGACAGAGCUUAUGCCCUCUUCCAAGAGGCCUUGGAAAAACAACUGCAAUUGGAUACGGCAACAUACAAUUCGAUUAUCAACAAUGUGAAUUUCCUCAAAGAGACUCCCGAUCAGAAAUGGGAAUUGUGCAAAGAUUUGUUGCAACAAAUGAAACAACAGCAAUUGAAACCCGAUCUCGGAACUUUAAAUGGUUUACUCGAGUGCAUUAGUUCCUUUGGAAAUUAUAAAAUGGGUCGCACCUGUGCUCUACAAGUUCUCUCGGAAUUCAAGAAAUUGGGUGUUGAACUUAGCUUGGGCUCCUAUUAUUAUGUGUUAAUUAUCUUCUGCCGCGAACGUGGUCCAGUGUCCCAUGUUAUUGUGGAUAUUCUCAAUGAAAUUCAAGGCAAAGAAUUCAAAAUUCAACAUCCCAAAGAUACAUAUUUCUUUGCCACAGCCAUGGAUGUUUGUCGCAAUCAUUUACAUGAUCGUUCUUUGGCUAAAAAGGUCGAUAAGCUCCUGCAUGUUGGUAACAAUUAUGAUUUGAUUGGUGACACGUAUAAGGAGUCGAUUUAUUAUAGGCAUUACUUUGCCCUGUUGUCCCAGACAUCAACAAUUGAGGAGUUCCUGGAGACAUAUGAUAAAUUGGUACCAAAUGUUUAUAUACCCGAACCUGGUAUUAUGGAGGAGGUGUUGAAAAUGAUUGAACUUAAUGGUGCCUAUGAAUUGAUGCCUCGUUUUUGGUCUGAUAUGGUAAUCUUCGAUCACAUUAAUCGUGAAAGUUUGCUGCUGCGUACCCUGAAAAUAAUGUUGAAUAAUAAACCAGAUGUAACAGUGAAGUCUCAACAACAACUGCCCGAACAAUUUGCCAAGGUUGCCUUGGAUAUUUAUAACAAAGUUGUGGAAUCGGAGGGUAGAGUAAAGAAAUUGUCGUUCACCGGACAAAUGAUUGGUGAUAUUCUAACUAUUCUUGUGCGCGGUGGUAACUGGGAGAAAGCCGUGGAGGUUUUCAAUAAUAUUGACAAGAAUCAACAUCGCAUACCUGGUACCCCCUCCGAUGCAUGCCUCAUGGAAUUUGUGGAGGCGGCCAUUGUAAACAAAUCACCAUCCCAGGCCUUGCAAUGUCUGCAAUAUGCUGUGGAAAAUCAUAUGGAUGGUUUGUCCCUGGCCGAACGUAUAAACAAAGGUUUCACAUUAAAUGAAGUCCAUAUAGCCAAGAUGAAAUCGUUGGUGGGCGAUAGUUUUCUAAAGGAAUAAGUUAAUUGAUUUUGUUUUUUUUUUGUGCUUUUAAAUUAAAUAUUAUUAUUUUUUUAAAUAGAAUAGUUAUUGAAAUAACGAUUGUUGGUUUCCGCUGUUGCGGAAGUUUUGAAACGAAAUAAAGAUGUGUAGAAAAAUAUAUAUCACAAAACAAA